CAUCCGAGUAUAUAUACCAAGACCAGGACACAAAUGAUGAAACUUGACACAGAGCAUGGCCAACUUCAGAAGUACAAACCCCUGCUUCACGAGCAGCUCAAAGUCAGCACUGCCAUGGGUGAUCCAAAUGCCUGUGGUCCACGAAAUGAAUCCCUCGCUUGGUUCUGGUCUGUCGAGGUCGACAUGUGUGGUCCAGAUCAAUCAUGGAAUGAGGAAUGCUCGACAUUUUACCGAGUUCACUGGCUCCAGGCAAAGGCACUAUGGGAUCAAUGGAAGGAAGAGCUGAUGUUGGUCUAA